AUGAUGGCAGGCCUAUUCCGAUCGUUAAGUCAGCGUUUUCGACGUUCAAAAAGGCAUUAUCGUCCGGAUGGUGAUACUGCUGGAACUAGCGAAUAUCAGCAGGGAUUUGAUCAACCAGAAAUGGAUUCCCGAAAGCAAUGUCAGUGUAAAGUAUUGUUGUUGGAUGGUACGGACAUGAAUGUCAUAAUUCCGAAAAAUGCUGCUGGUCGAGAAUUAUACGAUCAAAUAUUUUAUGCAUUGGAUUUAGAAGAACGAGAUUAUUUUGGUUUACAAUUUAUGGAUCAUUAUCAUGUCCAGCACUGGUUGGAUCCGGUAAAGCGAAUUAAUAAGCAGGUACCAAUAGGUCCACCGUAUACAUUUCGAUUUCGGGUAAAAUUUUAUUCAUCAGAACCAAAUAAUUUGCGCGAGGAAUUAACGAGAUAUCAAUUCUUUCUGCAACUGAAACAGGAUAUUCAAACAGGAAGAUUGGAAUGUCCCAAGGAUACAGCUAUUGAACUUGCUGCUCUCGCUUUACAAUCGGAACUUGGUGAUUAUAAUUCUACGGAACAUACGCCGGCCCUAAUUUCGGAAUUCCGAUUUCAUCCCGAACAGGAUGAAGAAAUGGAAAUUGCUAUUUUGGAAAAAUUCAUCACAUGCCGAGGACAAUCGCCAGCGACAGCUGAAAUAAAUUAUUUGAAUAAAGCAAAAUGGAUCGAAUUGUACGGUGUUGAUAUGCAUACUGUUGAAGGAAAAGAUGGCAAUUUAUAUAGUUUGGGUUUAACACCGACUGGUAUGCUGGUAUUUGAUGGUGCUCAAAAAAUUGGUUUAUUUUUAUGGGAAAAAAUUCAGAAACUUGAUUUCAAAAAUCGAAAAAUCACACUUGUCGUCGAAGAAGAUGCUGAUCAAGCUAGUGGACAAGUGCAAUUGCAUACAUUUGUAUUCAAUUUAUCAUCUCAUAAAGCAUGCAAACAUUUAUGGAAAUGUGCAGUUGAACAUCACACAUUCUUCCGGCUGAAAUAUCACAAGCCACGAAUUGCUAAAGCAUCACAACUAUUCCGGUUGGGUAGCACAUUCCGGUACAGAGGUCGAACGGAAUACGAAAAUGUACACAAAGAUGGUGGACGACUUUCUCGACGACAAUCAGCUACAUUUGAGAGACGCCCAUCACAGCGAUACGGUCCAAGACAGAACCUGGUGAACAAACGAAUACAAAUUCGGAAUGAUUUCAAGAAACAGGUUGGUGCUUCAACAGGACUAUCUGCAUCGGAUCUUAUUUCUUCUCCUGAUGGUUUGCGCACUGCUGCAAACAAUGAUAAGCAUAUAUUGAAUAGUAAUGGUACUGCAAGCAAUGAUAAUGCAACCGUAAUUAAUGGUUAUGCAAAUUUAUCACAAAUCGAUAAUUUAUUCAAUAAGGAUACGACAUGUUAUGAGCAAAUUAACAGUAUCAAAGAACUCGAUAAAUCACCGUCUGUUUCAAGAAAGCAGUACAGUUCAGCAAAAGAUUCAACAUAUUCCAAAUCCACUCCAUUACAAUUCAUGGAUGGUACAAAAAAAUUGAACGUUGUUGAUAGCACCUUAAGUAUAGCUCAUGAACCUACACCUCGAUGGUCGGGAUCACCAGCAUCAGUAACAGCCUCAACCCAACCAGCGGCUAGUCAUGUUACAAGAAUUGCUAUCAGUAAUGCUAGCUCUCAAAUAGGUUGUACUUCGCCACCGCAUAUUUCAAUGCAAGACACGUCAAUCACGCAUUGCCCUGUAAGCAAUAGCAAUAGCACGCCACCAUUGGAACAUGCUCCGUUUAUUUCGACUAAUUCAUCAAACAUUCGGCAAUCGCUUAUCCCAAGAACUUUCUCAGAAAAUAUUCCUUCAAUGAAAUCUUCCGCAUCAUCCGCUUCCAGUCCAACUGCUACGGCACCAACAUGUACAGCUUCACCCAACAAAAGAUAUACCGGAUCGCUGCUCCGCUCACCGCUUUCUUCCAUAAAGACUUCUUUAAACCAAACUUACGUACUCUUACCGGAAAAAGAAGAUUUACAAAAUUCCACUGUAAUUAAUGGACAUGCUCAUCCUGUAACAACUAACGAUUGUUCUUCCAUUCGACAUCCAUCCAUAACAGAUAGUCAUCAAGACAAACUUUCAACUGUUCCUGUACCAACUACAAUAUCUACCGUACCUUCAUCUUCUGAGGUAGUUAGAAGUGAUCGUAAGCUAUUUGGAAAAACUGAGUACGAUAUCAGAUCUGAUGAAAGUAACUCAGUUCCUGUUAGCCGUUUACCAGAACUACAAUCACGUAUACCGUAUUUGCGUACAAUAAAACCUCCUAGUACAAGUGCAAUGAAAAAAGUACACGCUCCUUCUGCAUCAACAAUGCAAACGUCAACAACAAAUCUGGAACCUGCUGGAGCAAUUGGUGACAAGGCAUAUCGAUCUCGAUUACCGGUGAGAAGUGGCCAUACUGGUAGCAGCUUAACAACAACUUCUGAAAUGCAUGGAUCUAAAACUUCUGCUUGUGACGAGGUACAAACUGAUUUAUUCAAUGUUUUUAAGCUUUAUGUUGUGCUCUUUCGAGUGACUGAAUUAAUCUUCAAGAGGUCACACCGUCAAUCUCAACUUUCUAAAAUCUAUGUUAAGAUAAAACCUUCUGAAGCAUCGGCAACACGAACUGUUAUAACAUCGACAAAUAGCCGAAUGAUCACAGAUUUAUGA